AUGAGCACUCCUCCUCUAAAACACAUUUCUGAAUGCUUCAUCAAACCACAUCCCCCAAUCGAAGACUCGAAUCAAAUAUGCUAUUUAGCACCUUGGGAUAUUGGCAUGUUAUCUGUCAACUAUAUCCAAAAGGGACUUCUCUUCAAAAAACCAACAUCAUCAUUGGUUAAUCAGCCAGAUUUUAUCGAGAAUCUGUUGAUAAAACUCAAACGCUCUCUUUCUCUCACACUUUUCCAUUUCUAUCCCCUCUCAGGUCGCCUUGUUACACACAAAACCCAAGAUCCUCCUUCGUACACUGUUUUUGUCGAUUGUAAAAACAGUCCCGGAGCUAAAUUCAUCUAUGCUACUUUAGAUAUCACCAUAGAUGAUAUCCUAUCCCCCAUUGACGUCCCACCUAUUGUUCAAUCGUUUUUUGAUCACCACAAAGCAGUCAACCAUGAUGGUCACACCAUGUCUUUGUUGUCUAUCCAAGUCACUGAAUUAUUGGAUGGUGUUUUCAUAGCUUGUUCCAUGAACCACUCUAUUGGUGAUGGAACUGCUUAUUGGAAUUUCUUUAACACACUUUCUGACACAUUUCAAAAUGAUGCUAGUCUUCUUGAUCCCAUUUCACACCAACCAAUUCACAAUAGGUGGUUUCCAGAAGGUUAUGGCCCAAUUAUCAACCUUCCCUUCAAACAUCAUGACGAGUUUAUUCACAGGAAUGAAACACCCAUUUUGAGAGAAAGAAUCUUCCAUUUCUCAGCCGAGUCUAUAGCAAAACUUAAAGCAAAGGCAAACAAAGAGUGUAAGACAACAAAAAUCUCUUCUUUCCAAUCACUAUCAGCACUAGUUUGGAGAUCUAUAACUCGUGCACGUCAACUACAUCAUGAUCAGAGAACUACUUGCAAAUUGGCUACAAACAACCGAACAAGAAUGGAGCCACCUCUUCCUAUGGAAUAUUUUGGGAAUUCAAUUCAUGCAGUGAGUACCGAAACAACAACGGUAAAGGACUUGCUAGAGAAUGAUCUAGGAUGGGCAGCUUGGAAGGUUCAUAUGGCUGUUGCAAAUCAUGAUGAUAAAGUGGUGCGGGGAUCCGUGGAAAAGUGGUUACAGGCUCCUAUUGUGUAUCGAGGGGAUCUGCUCUUUGAUCGUUAUACUGUGUUGAUGGGUAGUUCACCGAGGUUUAAUAUGUAUGGGAAUGAAUUUGGAAUGGGGAAAGCAUUAGCUGUUAGAAGUGGAUAUGCUAACAAAUUUGAUGGGAAAAUAACAUCAUAUCCAGGACAAGAAGGAGGAGGGAGUAUAGAUCUUGAAGUGUGUCUUUUACCAGAAAAAAUGAUUGCCCUGGAAUCGGACGAAGAGUUCAUGAAUUCAGUUUCAGUGUUUAAUCAUUUGUUCUAG